AUGCUGACCAGGACUGAGGCAGGUGAGGCUCUUAUUUUGAACAGUCCCUCAGCCCUAGGAUAUCCCUCUAAUCAUGUACGAAAAGCCUUCGGGCACCACAGGCCACAUGCCGUCGGAGCUCCACGUAUUCCAGGAUUCUCGCGUUCUUCAACCACCAAGUUUCCUAGAAUGGGAGGGUUGACGUAUGCCUCAAGCUGCCGAGCUCUGGGCAGAGAGUCCUCUGCAUCUCACACUGGCUGGAUGAGCCACACGUGGGACCCCUGCGGAGAACUUGCUGUCAGAAGGGAAGCCGUAAGUGUCAAAGGCUUCCACAGAGCUCUGUGUUUUGCUGUUGGCUUCAUGACAGCCAAGCGACUGUGUCGCGGCAGCUCCCGAAUGGCUAGAGCCAUUAAACGGCCCCUUCUUCACAAAAGAAGAACAACUCAUGGCGGAGAUGUUCAUUUCGAGCCUCAGGCUGGCACCAUGGAGUAUGCCAAGCUGUUCCCUCAGGUCUCUGCCAAGUGGUCAAGAGCAUCAGAUAUGUCAGAUAUCCGCCACCGACGGUACUCCUUCAUCUUUCUUCUAUCGAAAAUGGCAUUUGUUUUGCAAAGUGCAGCCAUACAGUGGUCAUUCCGGCGAUGGCGUGCAAGAAGGCUCUGGGGAUGGGACGUCGUGAACAUUGGCAUUACGAGAAGCGACGACUCAGUCGCGCUGAAGACGCGCGUCAAUGGAGAUGACGGAUAUGCAAAGUUGCACAGUGGGAGGGAAAGUAACGAGCGGACACUAGUCUUCAAUUGUUCUAGCCUGAAAUGGGAUAAGACUUCCACACGCGUCAACCCUACAACAUGUGAUGUAUCACUUUUGUCCAUUAAAGCCCUGGCUAGAAUAAGGGAGAGCGUCAACAGGAUGCCACUUUCGAGCUUAAAAACUCUCUGCCAUGUUCCACGUUGUUUCCGUGAGAGGGUUGGACAUAUUGAUUGGCAUGAUGGCCCAUUAUCUAGGGAUGGGGGAUCCAGACCCUCGCCACCUUUUUCCUCCACAUAUCUUUCAUUCUAUGAUCUUUCAUGCACACGAAGCCUUUUGUCGAUAUUACUUCCAUUAUCCCCCUUGCGGGAAUUGCUCUCCCUCUUAGGCCGUCUCAUAGCCAUCAAAAUUAUCGCAUUCAGACUAUCUGUCAGUUCAAAGGAUUCUUACCUAGCACGAUGCUGCCCCACAGCAGAGACUCUUCUCGAGAAGCCAUGCAAUUCGCCUUUCGCCAUGGCAAAACUCUAUAAUAGCCAGGAGUUAGCAAAACGCCAGACCCCAGCUUGUCAUUCCGGCUCUCAGAAACCUCGACCUAACCUACAACCUCACCCUAACCUUGGCCUCUAUGUCGCAGAUAUCGCCCCUCUAAAUUACCUGACAGGAACCGCUGUCGUGGGGGGAUUUAAACGGAGAGACGCCAACGGGCAAAUUUGGAAUACAUGGGGCACCGGUAGAUCCAGUGAGGUUAACUCUUACAACGGUGUGUCAAGAAGCAUACUAUAUGAUUGGGUAAUUUUGAUGCCUGUACGAUUGAGAUUUUGUGUACGUUCCGGUUACGGCUCACGUGAUCUGUACGAGUAUGAUUUGAUUGAAGUACGCCGCACUCAGGUUGAAACAGCUUUGAUACUUACAGGCCUUAUCUCAUUGAUGAAGACUAAUCGCAGCAGGGAAAGGUACGUUCAUACCGAACAUGUGACUGGUACAGCUCACUUUGUACAGACAGUAAUAUGCCCCGUUGGAAGCCCUGAUCCGAUGUUGGAUCCGAUUGGUGUGGUUGAAACAGAAGGAUUGCCGCCCAUUAAGGACAUUCAUUUUACCCUUGGUUGUAUAUUUCUAGUAUCAUUUCUAUUCAUACUGUACAGUACCAUAGAAAUUCCAGGAAGUGUGCAUAUUACUCGUUCGUUGCCUAGCCGUCUAAACCGACAGUUUCUGUGGGCAGAAUUCGCAAUCUGGAUCAAGGUCCUCUUCGCAAAAACCGCCAAGAAUCUCUCUCUACUUAGCAACCUCUAUAUUUAA